AUGGCUCACAAAGAACAGCUUCUGCCAAAUGCACCGCAAAAUGCCUGGUUCACAUUACAAGUUGAACACAUCGAGGAAAAAAAACCAUCCAAACGUCAAGAAUGCGACGUUCUCAUAAAUAUCUACCCUCGCGACCCAGUCUACAAGGCUGCCGUAGAACUCACCAGAACCAUUCACGGGGUGUUCGAUAAACUCGAUGAACCCAUGGGAACAUAUGGGUACAGAAUUAGAGCUCUUUUCAUCGUGUAUGGCGAGUCGGAGGAGCUUUUCGUCACCGAAAACCAGAUCGUCACCCAUCUUCGGGAGCUCGACUAUGCGACUCUUCGUGGUCCCACCAAGCCCAACUUGCUGAGGGAGGUUGGCACUGUUGGAUGGAUACGUUUGACACACUUGACUAUACACUUCGCUGGUUUAACGCAGACUUCCCCAUCGUGUCCCAUCCCGUCCGAAUCUACAGAAUCUAUACCAUAUAGAUACUAUCAAAUGGCGUCUUCAGAAACGUCAGGAAAGACCACGGCGGAGAACGCCUGGUUUAUUCUGCACUUUGAAACAACCGAUCAAGCCGUUCGCCAACAGUGCAACGUCCUCGUCAACACUUUCCCCUCCCUUCCUAUCAAAGAAGCUCUAGUCCCAUUCACAACGACAAUCCACGAAGCCUUCAACAAACUGGGUGACCUGUACUCAGGCGGUGGCUGGACUAUCAGGACCUUGUACAUCAUAGGUCGGGAUGGCAAGCAACUCGCCACCAACCCGACGCAGAUUAUGGAUUUUCUUCGGGACCUCCCUUCCACGGCCCUUGAGACUACGAAACCCGAUUUGCUUGGGUUGGGGACCAACAGGGUCAGGGUGGAGUUUGGUGACAUCGAUAUUACGCCGUGGCGUGGCCUGGGCAGAUUAGGCAGAGGGUAG